UUGUCUUGCUGCUGGUUUGGAGUAACACUUGUGCAGUUUGUGCCUCAGGUUCCCAGAACUCGUGUGUGUCUCGAAAAGAAGCCUGCAUUGAGGUGACACAGCCCUGAAGGCUGUAUUAACAUCAUGCCUCAAACCCGAUCCCAGGCACAAGCUACAAUCGGUUUUCCAAAGAAAAAGCAAUCUCGGACAUUGAACAAAACGAAAACCUCUAGCAAUACGAAACUACAACCGACAAAUGAACGGGCUAUUCCCUGUUCUCCUUGUAUAAACACAAAAAUUCUGCCUCUUAGCCCCAGAAAACGUCUGGGUGAUGACAAUCUAUGCAACACUCCUCAUCUACCUUCCUGUUCUCCACCAAAGCAAGGCAAGAAAGAGAAUGGUCCUCCGCACUCACUUAACCCUAAGGGACGCAGAUUGAUAUUUGAUGAUCAGCUGCCAGUUAAGUCUCCUGGCAAAACAGAAAAAGCCAGAGUUCACCAAAACAAGAUACUUUCCUCAGCUCAAAAAGAUCAAACAAUCACAACAAAUUCUGAACAGAAAUGUCCACUCGAGAAAGAAUCUGUAUGUGUGAGACUGUUCAAGCAAGAAGGCACUUGCUAUCAGCAAGCAAAGCUUGUCCUAAAUACAGCUGUCCCGGAUCGGCUGCCUGCCAGAGAGAAGGAGAUGGAUGUCAUCAGGCAUUUCCUGAGGGAACACAUCUGUGGAAAAAAAGCUGGAAGUCUUUACCUUUCUGGUGCUCCUGGAACUGGAAAAACUGCCUGCUUAAGCCGAAUUCUUCAAGACUUCAAGAAGGAAGAGAAGGGAUUUAAAACUAUCAUGCUGAAUUGCAUGUCCUUGAGGAAUGCCCAGGCUGUAUUCCCAGCUAUUGCUCAGGAGAUUUAUCAGGAAGAAGUAUCCAGGCCAGCUGGGAAGGACAUAGUGAAGAAAUUGGAAAAACAUAUGACUUCUGAGAAAGGCCCCAUGAUUGUGUUGGUGUUGGACGAAAUGGAUCAGCUGGACAGCAAAGGGCAGGAUGUUUUAUACACACUGUUUGAAUGGCCCUGGCUAAGCCAUUCUCGAUUGGUGCUAAUUGGUAUUGCUAAUACUCUGGAUCUCACUGACAGAAUUCUGCCAAGGCUUGAAGCUAGAGAAAAAUGUAAGCCACAGCUGUUGAACUUCCCACCUUAUACAAGGAAUCAGAUAGCUGCUAUCUUGCAAGAUCGACUUAAUCAAGUAUCUAGAGACCAGGUUCUGGACAAUGCUGCAAUUCAGUUCUGUGCUCGAAAAGUCUCUGCUGUUUCAGGAGAUGUUCGCAAAGCGCUGGAUGUUUGCAGGAGAGCUAUUGAAAUUGUAGAGUCGGAUGUCAAAAGCCAGACUAUCCUCAAACCCCUGUCUGAAUGUAAAACACCUUCUGAGUCUCCAGUCCCUAAGCGGGUUGGUCUUGCUCACAUAGCCCAAGUCAUUUCCGAAGUGGAUGGGAACAGGAUGGCUUUGAGCCGAGCAGGAACUCAAGAGUCCCUGCCUCUUCAGCAGAAGAUUUUGGUUUGCUCUUUGCUGCUCUUGACCAGGCAGCUGAAAAUCAAAGAGGUCACUUUGGGGAAGCUAUAUGAAGCCUACAGUACUGUCUGUCGGAAACAGCAGUUGGGAGCUGUGGACCAGUCAGAGUGUUUGUCACUUUCAGGACUCUUGGAGUCCAGAGGCAUUGUAGGAUUAAAGAAAAACAAAGAAACUCGCUUCACAAAGGUGUCUUUGAAGAUUGAAGAAAAUGAAAUAGAGCAUGCUCUGAAAGACAAAGCUUUAAUUGGAAAUAUUUUAGCUACUGGACUAUCUUAAAUUUUUUCCUUACAUCCCACCUGAAACCAUUCAGCUGGCAAUUUUGUAAGCUAUGGAGACUUCAGUUUAGUACUUUAUAUGUUCAAGCUUCCUGAAAACAAAUACGACUUUUUUUUUAACUUGAAACAAAUGAAUUUUAAUCUAUAAGCUCAUGAAGAUUAUACUGAAUAAUAUCUUUGGGAUUUUUUUUAACCUAUAGAAAUAACUUGAGUUAUUUUUACGUUAUAUUUACAGGCUGGGAAUGUGGCUUAGUGGCAGAGUGCUUGCCUACCAUGCAUGAAGCCCU